AGCACGCAGGAGAAACCUGAGAGGAGAAGCUGCGCCUUUACCGGGAAAUAACACAGACCCGUCAUUGUACGGAGAGAAAACAGGCAACUGUCGCAAUGAUCCCGCAAGGUGACCAUUAAUAUCCAGCAGUGUUCCUGGUUUCCUGUAAGUAGCAUGACAUCAGCCUUUGGGACAGCAGGUUGGUGUGGGAGGAGACAGCAGAGGCAGGCAGGACUACAAAGAGUCUGCUUCAGAGCUCAGCCAGCACACCUCUACUGAACAGCUCGAUCACACACACGGUCAGGCCACCUGCAUAUACAAGGAAUCAUGGCGAAGCGUGUUGCAGUUAUUCUCUCAGGCUGUGGCGUCUAUGAUGGCACAGAGAUCCACGAGGCCUCCGCUGUCCUCGUCCACCUGAGUCGUGCUGGAGCAAAAGUGCAGAUGUUUGCUCCGAAUGCAGAUCAGAUGCAUGUGGUAAAUCACUGCGAGGGGAAACCUACAGAGGAGAAAAGAAACAUCCUGCAGGAAAGUGCCCGUAUCGCCAGGGGUGAUGUGACUGAUCUGGCCAAGUUAGAUGUGUCAGCAUUUGAUGCUGCAAUCAUCCCAGGGGGUUUUGGUGUGGCUAAGAACCUGAGUGACUGGGCAGUGAAGAAUAAGGACUGCACCAUCCAGCCACAACUGGAGAAGCUCAUCAAAGCUUUCCACAAAGCUGGAAAGCCUCUGGGCAUGUGCUGCAUCUCCCCAGUCCUGGCUGCCAAAAUCCUGCCUGGCUGUGAGCUCACCGUGGGGCAGGACAAGGAGUGUGAAAAGUGGCCCUAUGCUCAGACAGCAGGUGCUCUGAAGGAGAUGGGCUGCAAACACGUGAACAAGGAUGUGGAAGAAGCUCAUGUUGAUGUCAAAAACAAGCUGGUCACCACCUGUGCCUUCAUGUGCAACGCUCCCAUUCACAAAGUUUUUGAUGGAAUAGGGGUCUUGGUUAAAGAGACACUGAAAAUGGCUUAAUAAGUCUCUAUUACAUUCAGAAUGUUUGUUUUUAAUUUACUAAAAAAGUAGCUGUUUGUGAUUUUCUACACAAGCGCCGUAUUUAAUAUUAACUUGCACUUACAGUAUCUCUGAGCAUUCGUCUUAUGUUAUAUUAUCAGUGUGUUGUUUUGAGACAUUCAAUAAAAGCUACUCUACAAA